GUGAAGUAUGCGCGAGUUGACUAUCUGACUGCUGGGGAUGCAGCAGAACCUCUCAGGCCUCCGCCGAAGCAUCCUGGAAGAUGGGAAGGCGAAUAUGAGGAUGUGAGAGCCAGCGCAAGGUGAAAGACUUUAAAGACGAGAAGUUGUCAGGACGUUGAUCCUCCAUGGGCUCGGCGUUCUUCAAGUUCUGCAUGCAGUGUUGCUGCUGCUGCUGCGCCACUGACGACGACGAUGACGACGAUGAGAAGCAGCCAUUAGUGGGGACUCCCGAUCCUUUGGAGUAUUUCAGCCGCGAGGUGCAGAAGCGGCGAGACGAGGAGGCCAACCUGUGGAGCGAGCCGGGAGACCCCAGUCACUCAGAGCGAGAAGAUGACCGGACGCUUUACUCGCUGCUACAGGCGCGCAACAAGACCCGCAUGGGAUCCACGGGCUACCGCCGCUUAAGUGUGGACAUCGAGGCCAUGCGAGACACGCGGAGGGAAGUGCGGGAGAAAUGGAAGACCAUCCUGGAGAACCUCGGUUUUAUGGCCGAGGCAGACUCGCUGCUGACCGUGUCGGCCGGCGCCUCGCUGGAUCGCAUGCGCAACGCCGCUGCCGCGCGUUCCUUGCUGCACACGCUUCAUUCCGAGACCUCGCUUUUUAGCAGCAGGGAACCGCCGCCAGAGAGAUACCUCUUUAUUCUGGAUCGCUUGCUGUACCUGGACAUCGCCGAAGACUUUGUGGCUAAGGCCAGGCGUUUCUACCCGCCCAAGGACGGAGACUCGGACGAGGAAGGGCCGUUGGGCGCCAUUAACCUGCCGCUUCUGCUGGCCCGCGUGGAGGCCAUGAACGGCUGCCCCGACACCGACGACAGCGGGGGUAGUCUGGAGAAGCCUUGAACAACUGCAGUGGCUCCUGUAAGCAGGCAGGGGGCGGUAGAUGUCAAGGUUAGAAGUUGGCUUUAAGGUUGAGAAUCUUAUGAGCGUCACAUGACCAGACAACAAAGUUGUCUUUUCAAACUGCUGACUCACUCAAGUAUGUUGGGGGAAUAGCGACCGGUCACGUGUUUCCUCUCUGUACGUGUCCUGUCUACAAUGAUAACGAAUAAAGUUGCAAGCCU